AUGGGUUUGUAUGUGGAUGUGGAUAUGGAGUCUCAAUUGAGGGUAUUGAUGCCAGUAUCGGUAGAUGAUCGGUCUAGUGGAGUCGGUGAUGGUGAUGGUGAUGGAUAUGGUAAGGAAACUUUCGGGGUUGAGUUAUUGACUACCGCUGAGAGUAAGGAUGAGAAUGGGAUUGAGGACGAAAGACGAAGUCCGAAUUCAAAAGCAAAGAUGGGGAAAAUUAGAAGAUUCAAAUGCAUGGUUUGUGGACAAUCCUUUGGGAGGGUGGAACAUUUGACAAGGCAUGAGAGAAGUCAUACUCAGGAGGGUUGGUUGAAAUGUGGGAUUGGGGGUGAUGCUUUACGUCGACAUGAAUUGGUUCAUAAGAAAACAAAACGAAGUUCUCUAGGAAGAGGAGCUAGAGCUUGUUCCGCUUGUGCAAUGGCAAGGAGGAAAUGUAGUGGUGGAAAUCCUUGUGAAGGAUGUGAGAGAAGAUCAAUCGAGUGUACUUCUUUCCAUUCAAAUCUUACCACGACAAACAUCAGAUGUCGAUCUUCAAAUGCACCUUCAGAUGAGAUGAUUGGGGCUGAAAUUUACGAAACCGGGGAACGAAUCAUGAGUCCACAGUCUCAAAUGUCGUGGUCAAAGAUCAAUUCGCCAGUCAAUCCGCAAAUUGAUCCUAGAACUUCGAUCAGUCAUUAUCAUCCAGAGUUUGGGAUGGAGAAUCUAGAAGUCACUGGACAACAGAUGAAUAUCCAAGAUUUGAGUGCUGGUGUUCAUCAACAAUUCAGUCAAUGUACAUCACAAAACAAUCAAAUGGGAGAUGUAAUGUCCGAAGAUGCUCACAGGAACUCAACAACAUCUCAUGAUCAUCUCUCUACUUCAUCAUCAUUAUUACCCCUUCAUUCAAUGAUGGAUCUGGAUGGAGCUACCAACUCCUCAUUGAUGAGAACAGGUCAGAUUUCCAAUCAACUACACAUUCCAGAUACUGGUCUUUCUGAGAGUCUACCAGAAAGUGCUGGAUCUUGGACACAGUAUAAUUUGUCGUCUAUAAAUUGGCUACCGUAUGACUGGGUUCCGGACUAUCAACUCGAAGACAAUGAUAUGGGGUUGAUUGAUGCUGGGACGGAUAUAAAUGGUUUCUCUCCUGCUGUUGAUACUGCAGAAAAUCCUAUUCAAAGACAUUCUAUAUAUUCAACAACCAGCGCGGCAAUAUUUACCCCAUCUCCACAAACACAAGGUCACAUACAAUUGGAUAAUUCCCCAGGACCAACAUUAUCUAGUGAAGGUGCUUCGACAAGUCCAAACUCUCAUGAUACUCAAAGUACUGGUCGUUAUUAUGUUGAUGGACAUGGCUCGAGGUUACCUCAUGUUCGAAAAACUCCACUAGAAGCUGAUUUAUCUCCAUCAAUAUCUCACCCUACGAUAGAUGAUUUAGAUGGAGGUUUUGCUUUUCCGGCUACCGAUAAUAGUGACGGAUAUUCCUCAGAUUACAAGCAAAUACCGCACGAAACCUACCAUAUUAUCCUGGAUCUAUUCGAAAAAACAUGUAUCAGUAAUUCGCCUUUCUUCAUACCAUUCCACUACACACGAUUUCCAACUUCACAUAUAUUGAGCCGCUUUAUAGCUCACUAUAUCGCUUCAUUUCAUCAGACAUUACCAUUUAUUCACCUACCCUCCUUUGAUGUCUCGACUUCUCAUUGGCUUUUUCUUCUAGCUAUGGCGGCUAUAGGAAGUCAUUAUCAUCGAAAUGCCAGUUAUGCAAAACCUAUGCAUGAAUUUAUUCGACGUGCAAUUAUCUCCGUCGGGAUCAAAGGAGAUUCAAGUUGUACCAAGAUGGUUAUGAUUCAAGUUAAACUACUUAAUUGUGUAGGUAUGAUGUAUUGUGGGUGUGAUGAGUUAUCACAAGUAGCAAAAUCAUAUCAUGGGGAUCUUAUCGAUUUCUGUUGUAAUGAAUGGAAAGCUUCGAAUCAAAUUUCAAGAAUUGAAACAGCAAAGUCAAGUCUAAACGAUAUGGAUCAGACUAAGAGGGAUUGGAAAGAAUGGUAUGAUGCUGAAAGUCUCUUAGAUUGCAUGUGGUAUUUUCAUUUCCAACUUCGUCCCAGUUUAUCACUAGAUGAUAGUUCGGUACUUUUACCCUGCCAAGAAGUUCUUUGGGAAUCAGAAUCUGCAAUUGAAUGGCAACAACUUCUAAGUUGUUCUUCUUCAAGUCCCACUCUCCACAACGCCCUCCAAAGAAUGUACACCGAAAAACGUAUCCAAUCCUCCAUGGGCGAAUUCUCCCGCAUCCUCCUCAUCCACGGCCUCUUCCGGCGCACAUGGGAAGUAGAAAAUUAUCUCAAACAACCUCUAACGCAAUGGACUCCCACAGCCGAGAAACAAAACCUCCAAAAUGCUACGGGGGUGGGUACAUCUCCGGUUUGGCUACCCGGUAUACAGACGUAUACUAAUUGGCGCAAUUCGGCUUGCGAUUGUUUGGAUAUCUUGCAUUGGCAUGCGAAUAGUGUGAUUGGCGCGGCGAGCGGAAUGGAACAUCCUACCGUGUUGCAUUUGCAUCUGGCGAGGGUGGUUCUGCUUACGCCUUUUCAACAUAUUUCAAAGCUUGCAGAAUUUCUAUCUUCAAAUCCAACCCCGACCACAAAGGGUAAAGGAAAAGAAAAAGAAAUCCUCGAAACGCGCAAAUAUAUUAAGAGAUGGGUAACGGAAGAUCAACAUAAAGCCCGUCUAGCUAUCAUUCAUGCAGGAGCACUUUUCUGGCACGUAAGACGUUUUUCAAUUGAUGCGUUUUAUGAGGUUGAAGCGGUUUAUUUGGCGACGUUGGCGCUGUGGGCUUAUGGUUUGUUUGCGGAUUGUACGGUUAUUUCUCUUACAUCCAAAUUCUCAUCGGCUCAUCACUCUUCCUCUGCGCUUCGUCACUUGAGGGAGAAGGGGCAUGGGAAUAGGGAUGGUAAUGGUAGCGGAGUAGGAGGUGAUGAAGGGGGUGGGAGGGAUAGGGAUAGAGAUGGGGAAAGAAAAAGAAAAGAAGAAGAAAAGGAUGAUGAUGGUGAUGAUGAUGACGAUGAACAAAUCAAUGAAUGUUAUCCCAGCACAAUGCAACUCGAUAGACCAGCCGACGAUGAAUUAGUUCAGCUUUUUGUGAAGAGAGGACAGGGGAUGAAGGCAUUAAUUAUGGGGGUAGGCGAUUUAUGCGCAAGGAACGGGAGGGGAGCGAGGAGAGUUCUGGGGGAAGGGAAAAAAUUGUUGGCUGUGUCGGGGAGGUGGGGAGUAGGGAGGAAGUACGAGGAGGUGUUGGGGAGGUUGCAAGGGGAGAUGGGAAGGGGCGGUGGAGUGGGAUUGUGA